AGUCUUCGAUUUCCUCCUGUGUUGUGUAGAUGGUCGUAUCAAGUUUUAUUGCUGUUUAAAAAAAUCAUUUCUGAUCGAUAUACAAUUUAUUUAAUUACUUAGUGCUGUUGAGAUUCUAAUUAAUAUCUUGAGAGUGUGAAGGUUUCGUAUUUAUCAGAAAAGUAUUUCUGUACCAUUAUAACUCGUGUUCUUACAAAAAUUUCUCCCGCCGUUAUGCAGAUAGUAGAUUUGUACAAUUACAUGUCGAAUCUCCCACGUUAUCAUUUCUUUUCCAUCCUUUCUGUUGGAUACUUGUUUUACUAUCUCAUCGAAGUUGUAAAGCGACCUUUUCUCGCUGUCAAAAAAGGACCUUUCGAAGGAUAUCUUCUUAAAAAUGUUCCAACAUUGGACGUCAAAUAUUGGCCGACAUUCUGGUGCUUUGAAUCUCGAGCUCAGACGGUCUUUGCAUCAUUUAUUCGAUCGACCAUCAUGCCAGAUAUCGAAUAUCGCAGAGAAAUUCUUCGUUUGAAAGACGGUGGAGAAGUGGCACUCGAUUGGUUAGAAAUUGGUUGUGCUGAUGACGCUCCAGUUGUUGUUAUUCUUCCAGGACUAACUGGUGAAUCUCAAGCUGAAUACAUCAAAUGUCUUGCCACACAAGCAAACAAAAAUGGAAUUAAGUGUGUUGUCUUCAACAAUCGCGGACUUGGUGGAAUUUCUUUGAAGACUCCUCGACUCUACUGUGCAGCUAAUUGUGAAGAUCUCUCUGAAGUCGUUAAUCAUGUUCACAACUUAUAUCCAAAUGUUAAGAAAGGUGCAACAGGAAUAUCAAUGGAAUUUGACAGUCACUUUACAUCAAUUCAUUUUGGAUAUGGAAAUGUUGACAAUUAUUACAAACAUGCGACUUUACAUAACAAACUUCACAAGAUAAAAGUUCCAACUUUAUGCUUGUCAGCAGCUGAUGAUCCAUUUCAACCAUUCGAUGCAAUCCCCAUUAAAGCUGCAGAAGAUUCAUCUCAUGUUGCAAUUGUUGUCACAGCACGUGGUGGACAUAUAGGAUUUUUGGAUGGUGUUUGGCCAGGUCAUAAAGAUCAAUACAUGGGAAGACUUUUUGCACAAUAUUUUUCAGCUGCAUUAUUCGACAAAGAUGGUGAAUUUGCUGAGACUGUUGAGAAGCUUGAUCUGAUAGUAGAAGCUGAAUGACAAAUGGAAAAUGGAGACAACUAUGAAGCAGCUGAAAUUUCAAAUUCUCAAUUAUCAUAAUCAUACUUAUAUUUGAAGACGCAACAUCUGGUGUAUCAAUGAAGAUUUUACUAUUUCGCUUUUAUCAUACAUAAGUAAGUGAUAUUGACAUGUACCACAAAUAGAAAAUCUUUUUGAAUCAAAAUACCAAAAAUAAGGCAAUAAUUUUAUUAUAGAAGUUCGUUAAAAUUUCGAGGAAUUGCACAAUUCUUUUGUGAUAUUAGAUUACAAAGUUAAGAAUAAGUAAACAUAUUGAUGAAAUCAAUCGAUUAAAAAUAUCGUGAUGAAAGAAUUUUCUUAAUCUAUUCCUAAAAGCUUAGUCAAAACUAUAAAUUAUAACUUUAAAUUUUAUCUUUCUCUAUUCAAAUUCCAUUUAAUUCUGAUAGAAAUUUAUGUAGUAAUGAGACAACAAGAACUUAAUAAUUAACUAUCAACAACUUUCUCCAACUCACGGGAUUUAAUUCUGCAUUUAAUAUAGAAAAAAGAGACACAAAUUUCCUUACAAUUUAUUGUAACUUAAAAUAUAAUUUUAUUAUAAUUUUCAAUUUAUGCUCCAUUCACAUAUCAAGUGCCACCACAUCGAAUAUGAAGCUUUUAAGCAGACGAUUGUCUUCUAAAAUAAGCAGACGAUUGUUAAUGAAGUAAAUAUUAAAAAAUCAUAUUGCCUUACAUGAAAUCAUCUUCUAAAAUAUCAAAAUAUCAAUCUGUUAAAAAACAAUUGCUUUAAAUUAAAAAAGGAACAAAAAUAUGAUAUAAAAAUCUUGGUUGAGAAAUGCUACCCGGUUCAUGCUCAAAAAGUUUACCUUUGGUAGUUUUUAAAUAGACUGUAAGUACAUAUAAAUUUGUUAAUGUCAUCAUAGAUGACAUCAGUAGCACAACUUAAAUAAAACAAAAACUUAUUCAAACUAUGAUUAGUGUUUUCAUAGUGGAUUAUUUGAAUAUUCUUGAAAAGUGCUUUCAUCAUCAUCAUCAUCAACAU